AUGCCUCAGCUGACUCUUUUGGACGAGCCCUGCGGCGUUCUCGUCAAACUGUCACCAGACAGGCGAACGGCAACGAGACGUAAGGCCCGGGAAAAGUUUGACAACGGGAUCGUGUUCACUGCUCAGAGCCUCGAGGACAACGUCAUCCUGUGCGCGACCAUCGAUGCAAUGGUACCCACAUGGACGGGUUGCAUCCAGAUCGGCGUGACCGCAACCGAUCCUCGACUCUUCCCUGGCGUUCUCCCGACCUCGGCUGCUCAUCUCAAAGGUUGCACGUGGAUCUACACGGGGUCGCAUGUGUUUUACAACGGUCGUCAAAUCAUCGAAAAGUAUGGUCGUGAAGACCUCGAUAGGUUAGGUGACGGCGACAGCGUGGGGGUUGUUCGGCGCUCUGACGGUAGCCUACAUUUCGUUGUCAACGGUGUUGACCAAGGAGUGGCUGCAGUGAACACCCCGUCGCGUCUCUUCGUCAUCCUCGAUCUCUACGGCAAAUGCGCACAGGUCACAAUCAGUGAGCCAAUCUCGGUGGAUACAAUGAAUCUUUUCUCGUUGACUUCCCCGAACACCCUCUCUCUGGCGGAUCAGAUCGUUCCAGGCUUAGAAUCGAUAAUUGGUGGGCUUUCUCCACCAGCGGCUUAUCAGAACGGAGCCUCGCCGCGGCUUCGAGAUUUCCAAUGCAUGAGGUAUAGAUUCCCUUCUGGUAGAAUUUCGUCGUCAUCUGGACUUCUGGACUCAGAAGACGAGCCUCUGCGUCUACACGAGAAAUGCGGCAGCAGCAUCAGUCUCACGCCUGAUAAACUGUCCGCCGAAAGAAUCCAUCCCCUGGAACAGUUCAAUAACGGUAUCGUGAUGAGCAGCCGAGCUCUGAGGGAUAAUGAAAUUUUCGAAAUUCGUCUUGAUAUGAUCAUCCAGAAAUGGAGCGGUUCGUUGGAAAUAGGGGUCACAACCCAGAAUCCAGAGAGCUUCGAAUUCCCCGAAACGUUGAGUCGUGUGAAAACGGUGUCUUCAGUGGGAGACCUUGAAAACCUCCAGUCCGGUGACACGAUAGGAAUCAUACGUCGUCCGAACGGUUACCUCCAUCUCGUUAUCAACGGCGCUGACCAGGGGGCGGUGGCCACGGACGUCCCGGGCAAUGUUUAUGCCGUGAUCGAUCUCUACGGACGGGCAGCGAAGAUCUCCGUUGUUUCCCAAGAUGCUGAUGAGGAGGAGGGUCUGAUCGAUUGGCACAACCUGGAACAAGAAUGCUGGUCCGAACGCCCACUGUGCUUCGCUGCGACCGAUUCAGUCGCUUUCUCGACCGAUCUCAGAACUGCGACUUUCGUGAGCAGCGGGAGCGUGCAAUCAGCGACUUUGCUCACCGAACGUCCCUUACAAAUAGGCGAAACUUUUUAUCUGAAACUAGUUGCCCUUCCACUUGGUGCUCACAUUUCUAUCGGAGUCUCUUGUUCUUGCGAGAACAUUUCCCAUGAGAACGGGAUUUGGUUUUUCCCCUCGCGUGGUUUAUCGCUCGAUGGGAUCUUGGUCGACUCGAACUACGGCAGAAAUAUCGUCACCCAAGUCAAGAGGGAGGAUCGGAUAGGCGUCUACAUUUCUAGAGAAGCCGGAGUUCAUUUCUAUUACAAUGAUCGGGAUCUCGGAGUCGCGAUGAAAGGAGCUCCGCUCCCCCUAUGGGGUGUCGGCGCCGUAUUGCUGGGGGGACUUGCUCCUCAGACUUGCGUAGUCAGCCUCGUUCAACCAGAAAUACCGAUUCCCGAAGACCCUCAGCUCGACCUCCGGUUCCACACCUCGUGUCAUGGCUCGAAAGCUUUAGUCAUCAACAACGGCUUAACAGUCGUACGUGCGGAAACACAGAAGGAUCCGAACCUGGCGUCGGUUUCGACGAACCGUCCGUUGAAAGAUAAUGAACUAUUCGAAGUCGUCGUGGAAGAAAUUGAAGAUCGUUGGACGGGAUCCCUAGAAAUCGGAGUGACGAGCAGGCCUCCGGAACAGCAAGCCGAAUCGAAUGCGGGUGAAGCUCGACGGGAAGCGUACUUGCUGUCCGGAUCGACCAUCACGUUCGGUGGCGCAACCCUAAAUAACGACUACGGCUGUGAUCUUGAUUCGAUUCGUGUUGGAACAAAAGUCGGCGUUCAGCGAAGAGAUGAUUCGUCCUUGCACUUUUACCUCGAUGGCAAGGAUAUGGGUGCAGCUUGCUCGGGGCUCCCCUCGAAAGUAUGGGCCGUGAUCGACAUGUUCGGGCAAUGUGCGAGGCUCAGCAUCGUACACACACCGCAGCAGAUAGCCGCUGAGCUGCCCUGCAUCCUGAUGACAUGUCGUGUGGCGAGAAGAUUCCAGGAACCGAGAGGAGCACUCAAUCGAACUACUUCGCUUCCAGCUGCUUCAACAAACCAUCAAUUGAAUAAAUCACGAGGCCACAAUGUAGUGCUCCGGAAUGAUGCGCGAUCAGCCUGCCGAAUCUCAGGAUACGACAACGGGUUGAUAUUCAGCCACGGAAGUCUCGAUCUCGACGAGCUCUUUGAACUCCAAAUCGAGCCGGUACAUAGCACGGUGCUGACAGGCAGUGUGAUCAUCGGCCUCACGUCGCUGGAUCCGAAACUCGGAGCGGCUCGAUACAGAUCGUACAAGAAACUGCUCGAAGAUAAAUCUCACAAAACCUAUCUCGUUGUUGGUCGCAAAGUUUACAGAAAUGAAGUUCUAGUCAAAGAAAAUUAUGGCUCGACAGCUUUAUUGAGGGCUACGGCCGGAGACCGAAUCGGCGUUGAACAUUGUGCUGAUGGCACGAUGCACAUUUACGUGAAUGGCGAAGACCAAGGAGUCGCUGUGUCGAAUCUGCCACGGGAUUUAUUCGCUGUUUUCGACCUUUUCGGUCUGGUUGAAAGCGUGCUGCUCUGCAGCAGCUCCUCCGUACCUAGUCGUCACACGCCAAAUUGUUAUGAGGUUACAGUCAUUCACAAGUUCCUCGAUACAAAGCACGGAGCCAAUAUUCAACUAUCGAAUUCGAAUCAGACUGCUCGUCGAAUAAACUCUUUCAAUGACGGUAUCGUCCUCUCUGCGCAGCCGAUAUCGGCUGGCCAGACAUUCAGCAUCCGCCUGUCACGUGUUUUGACGAACAAGUGGAAGUCUUCGUUGUCGAUCGGUAUUCUAGGUGAAGUGCCAUCCUGUUUGCCGUCCUCCGUGUUGGAUCUCCUCAAACUCUGUUGGCUCGUAGUGGGGAAAUCAGUUUACAUCGAUGGGAGAAAGGUCAAAGACAACUACGGUCCGAAUCUUGAUCUCUUGAACGAACAAUCGACGGUUGGAAUCCACUUCGAUUCGUCGUAUUGUAUGAGACUCAUCGUGAAUGGUGUCGACCAAGGCGUCGCCUGUGAUCAGGUGUUUGCUUCGAAAUGUUUCGUUAUCUGUGAUCUAUAUGGACAAUGUGAAAAAAUCGAUGUCCUUCAAGAGGGCGAGGAGUUCAGCCCUGAGGAACUAUCUCUUGAAACUCCCGAGAAAGCUCACCUCGACGACAACCAAGGCCGCAAAGAAAACUCUCAGGAAUCACGAUGUCUAUUAAGCGAUAAACUCCGGCUCACUCUGCAACCCUGUCAGCAUCAUCGAAUUGCUACCUACAUAAUACGGAACGUUCUCUGCUUACCGUGGCAUCUUUUCGAUAACCAGAUGUGUUCUUGCGAUGCUUGCUCUCUCCUGACAUACUCGACGAGUAAAUCGUUGAAGAGAUGUUCGAUUUUCUCCCUCAAAUGCAGCAAGAAUCAAAUGUCGUGGAACACCGCCUUCGGUAUCGGAAUUCCGCUCGGAGCUAUUCGUAAAUGCAUAGACCACGGUCAGCUGCUUGCGGAGCAAGAGUUGGGUCUUUCCCCGGUCGUUGACGGGAACUCGAAGCACUACGACGUGAAAUCGUCAUCGCCGAUCGUCAAAGUGACACCGUGCUUGCGCUACGCUUUUCAUAGCGCCCCGGCGGAUCAUGAUACGGCCGAUAAUACCUCAGUCCAAGCUAAAGUUGUCAUACAAGCUCUGAUAUGCGCAGACUCAUACCAGAAAAUCUUCCGAAGAGUUGACGCAAGCUCCCUGGGGAGUCCCGCCGACAUCAGCGAACCAGAAGUCGAAGAAUGGCAUACCAAGGAAAAAAGUGCCACCCUGGUUCAAGCGGUUAUUGUACGCGUAGAUAAUGUCAAGUGAAGGACAUUUCCAAAGCUUAUAUAUCGCGAGAAUAUCCGCUCCUUCGUUCGGAUCGACCACAAUACAUUUUUGAGAACUCAGAUGGAAUCGAGAAUAUGCUCCCGGUCGAACCGAUAUUUUCCAACGGCCAAGGGAACCCAGACUUCCCCGAAUCUCUCGCUCGCGUCAGCGAUUCAUCGAGUUCCUGCUCAUCAUUCGGACCCACGCAGUCUUGGCUUGUCCAAUCCCAAUCUUGUUGUCGUGGGAACGCUCCGUAGGCUGAAUGGCCCGUAUCCGAGUCGUCUAGGCUGAUAUUACUAAGCUCCUAGUUUUAGGCGUUCGGUGAACUCACAUCUUGUGUUGUUGGAAACCAUUGAAGAGACUCAUCGAAGUUGAAUCCCACUUGUUG